AUGGAGCGUCUCGUCCCUCACCCUCCGCAGCCCACGAUUACUAUCAGCGGCAAUUACCGCGGCAACCCACACAAUCCGGAAAACAUUCCUCAGCAGGUCGGCAAUAACCCAAACACAUCAUUAUGGAUCACCAACCUACCCUCUCAAACAUCACACUCCGACAUCUUUAGCUCCAUCAGACGCAUUGAUGCCAUCAAAGCCCACCAUGUCAACGCCCCAAACGACACUCACCCCGAGGCGUGUGCGGCCAAGCUAGUCUUCUUUGAGGAUGCGCCAGCCGAACGUCUGCUCAAUAUUGCGCGAGCUGGCCAGUUUAUCGUGAGAAGUCAGGCUGCUACGGCAGAGUGGAACAGAGUCGCCACGCGAGAAGACCCCCCGCAGGGCAGAUCCCGUGUCUUACGCAUCGAAGGGCCUUUGCAUGUCGUUAAUCAGGUGAUACUGGAAGCCUUCUGGGCGCAAUCCUUCUAA